AUGAAAAGGGUCAAGAGGUCUAAGAAAGGAGAUGAAAGGAAUGUAAACGAUCCGUUUAUGAACCUUCCUAAUGACAUGAUCAUAAAGAUUCUCAUGACACUGCCGCCAAAAUCCAUAGCCAGGCUCCGUUUCGCUUCUAAACACUUGUCAUUGAUAAUCCUCGACAAAGAGUUCAUCCAGUGGUACAUGAACCGAUCUUCAACUCAGCCACGUUAUCUUAUCUCACUGCACCGUCGCGGAGACAUGAAGAUGCAGCGCUUUCAAUCCUUGCCUCAAGACCGUCCGUAUAAUCAUGUCAAGGUUAGUUAUAAAAUGGAUCCGAAUCUACCGUAUGUAUUUACUCCACCUGUUCGCGGCUUGAUCUGCGGUCGGGACGGUACCAAGAUGAAGGUCGGGAACCCUAGCACGGGUCAGUUCGUAUCGUUACCUAGAGUCAAAACGAGGAGACAAGACAUAUUGUCUGUUUUUGGAUAUGAGCCAGUUAAUGACGUGUACAAAGUGUUGUGCAUGACGGUGGUAAGUAAACGUAGUAAUAUGACUCGUAGUGGUAAUGUUGUGUCGUGGGAGGAUAUUGUGUCGGAGGAGCAUCAAGUGAUCACUCUAGGAGCUAAAGAAAAAUGGAGAAUGGUCGAGUGUAAGUAUCCACAUCGUCAUUAUUCUGGAUAUGAAGGGAUAUACAAGGAUGGGUUUAUGUAUUAUUUAGCUUGUUACAAGAAAAAACGAUCUCUAAUGAGUUUUGAUCUGAGUUCUGAGGACUUUAAUGUUAUAAAGCUACCUGAGGAUAAGAUGCUUCAACAGUUUGGUGAGCUGGUGGAUCACGUUGGAAAGAUAACCAUAGCGAAUCAGACAUAUAACCGCAACGUUGACCUAUGGGUUCUGGAAGAUGCCAACAAAGAAGUGUGGUCAAAAUUUGUAUUGGUUCCUCCUGUGUUGACAAAUAUGUAUGGAAUGCGUCGUUGUGACAUCGAGUUGAUUGGGAUACUUGGUACUGGGAAGAUGAUAUUCGCAACGCUCUCAUCCCGUAACCCGUUCUUUUUUUUUUGUUGCGAUCCCAAGUCAAAAAAGGUCAGAGAAAUUGUGAUUCGUGGAAUUGGAGAAGACUAUUAUGAUACUAUCCAAGUCUUUUUCGAUCAUGUAGAGAGUUGUAUGGUUCUGUGA